GUCUGAUAUCGUCCUUUGAGGUCUUGUACAGGGUCUACUACGCACUAAUCACACACAGCUCAGCUACUCGCAGCUCCCUGUGUCUUCCCAUCGAGCUACGACCUCCCUCGCAGCAUACCCUCUGCGAACUACUCCACCUCACACGACCCCCGCCCACUCCUUCGCACAAUGGGAAAGAACCAAUCCAAGCUCACCCCAGAGCAACUUGUGGACCUUCAGAAGAGCACAUACUUCGACCGAAAGGAGCUCCAGCAGUGGUACAAGGGCUUCCUUAAAGACUGCCCCUCCGGAGUCCUGGACAAGGCCGAAUUCUCUCGCAUCUACAAGCAGUUCUUCCCCUUUGGAGACCCUGCCACAUUUGCCGAAUUCGUAUUCAAUGUCUUUGAUGAGAACAAGAAUGGUACCAUUGACUUCAAGGAGUUCAUCUGCGCACUGAGCGUUACCUCGAGGGGGAGGUUGGAUGAGAAGCUCAGGUGGGCGUUUCAGCUUUAUGAUAUCAAUGGGGAUGGGACGAUUGCCUAUGAGGAGAUGUUGACCAUCGUCAGGUCCAUCUACAAGAUGACGGGACAAAUGGUCAAGCUACCGGCUGAUGAGGACACCCCAGAGAAGCGAGUGGACAAGCUGUUCCAGAUGAUGGACAAGGACAAGAAUGCCUCUCUGACUUUCGAGGAGUUCCAAGAAGGAUCCAAGGCAGAUCCUACGAUCAUCAGCGCCUUGACCCUGUACGAUGGUCUCGUAUAGUCAAUCAACAUUUCGGCUCUUCCAAGUUGCCUGGGGGACCGAGGCUCAGGUAUUCCUCGCCUGCCUAGUUGCAGCUGCGCUGGUAACCUUUUGCCUCUUGCACGUCAAUGGCCCCGCCAGCCCAAACCCGUGCUGCCUGAUCUCUUUCGCUUCUCCUCUGUGCG